UCAAAGAAAAAGAGAGUUUUUUUCUCCUUUUCUUUUUGCUGCAGUAAAGCCCUUUCCUCUUUCACAAAAAAAUGGAUCUCCAUAUCCCCUUUAACUUCACUACUUCAGCCAUAUUUCUGUCCCUGGUUUUCUUGUUCAUUACCAAAUGGAAGAAAUCCCAAACUCCUAGUAAACUCCGAAAACUCCCACCAGGUCCCAAACAGUUACCCAUAAUUGGACAUUUGCACCUUUUAAGUUUACUUCCACAUCGUGAUUUCAAAGAAUUAGCCAAAAAACAUGGGCCAAUAAUGCAUUUGAAACUCGGUGAAACUUCAGCAAUUGUUAUAUCUUCGUCUGAAAUUGCCAAAGAAGCCUUGAAAACUCAAGAUCCUACUUUUGCAGCAAGGUCAGGAACUAUGUCUUCUGAGAUUAUGUGGUAUAACAAUACUGAUAUCGCAUUUAGUCCAUAUAAUGAUUACUGGAAACAAAUGCGUAAAAUCUGCAUGUUGGAAUUUCUAAGUUCCAAACAGGUUAGAUCGUUUGCUUCCAUUAGAAGUGAUGAGGUUCUUAAACUCAUCAAAUCUAUUGAAUCAUCUGCCGGAAAACACAUAAAUUUCACAGAGAAGAUUUUCUUGACAACAAGUUCCAUUUCUGCAAGAGCAGCGUUCGGUAAAAUAUGCAAGGAUAAAGACAUAAUGGUAAAACUAUUCCAGGAAAGUGUAUCCUUAGCGGCAGGCUUUGAACUGGCUGACCUGUUUCCUUCAUUCAAGAUACUUAGACUUUUCAGUUCCAAUAACGUAAAAUUGUGGGCAAUGCGCCGCAAGCUUGAUACGAUUCUUGACGAAAUAAUUGAUGAACACAAGGAGAAUUUGGUAAGAAUGAGCCAGGACAAUGAAGGAUUGGAUCAAGCAGAGUUGACAAGAAGGGGAAACGGAGAGUUUGGCAAUGAAGAUUUAGUUGAUGUUUUCCUACGAGUAAAGGAAAGUGGGGAACUUGACGUUCCAAUUAACUACGAUAAUAUGAAAGCUAUUUUUUCUGACGUGUUCGCAGCUGGAACCAACUCAUCAUCAUCCACCGUUGAUUGGGCUAUGGUUGAACUAAUAAAGAAUCCACGAGUAAUGGCGAAGGCACAAGCUGAAGUACGAGAAAUCUAUAAGGGACGUAAAAUCAUAGAUGACUCUGAUCUUCAAAAAUUAAAGUACCUAAAGAUGGUAAUAAAAGAAACUUUGAGGAUGCAUACACUAGUUCCUCUUGUCCCAAGAGCAAGUAGGAAAGAUAGUGAAAUCAAUGGAUAUUUUAUACCCGCCAAUGCCAAAGUUUUGGUAAAUGCCUGGGAAAUGUGCAGGGAUCCUAAGUAUUGGACUAACCCCGAAAGUUUUGAACCGGAGCGAUUUGAGAACAAUGGUAUGGAUUUCACGGGAAACAGCCACUUUGAAUAUAUUCCAUUCGGAUCAGGAAGUAGAAUGUGUCCCGGUUCAACUUUUGCUAUUGCUGGAGUUGAGCUUCUUUUAGCUCAACUUCUCUGUAACUUCAACUGGAAACUCCCAGAAGGAAUCGAUGCUGAUAAUCUAGACAUGACUGAGAACUCCGGAAUAACUGCAUCAAGAAAAGAAAACCUUUAUGUAAUUGCGACACCUUAUGAUCCAUGAUUUCGCCUACUACUAGAUAAUAGAAAUAAGUUUAUUAAGACACACUUUCUUCACGGAUCAUGUUUUUUCUUCUUGUAAUCAGUAAUUAACUUUAAUGAUUUGUCAAUGGCUUGGCAUUUCUCAUACAAUUGAUAUCAAUAAACGAUGCAUAUACUGUUUUUA